AUGCCGUCUGUCCAGUUCCGGGUGGAUGAUGGCUUCCUGAAGGCUGGGGAGCGGCGCUGGUUCCUGGGCUACCUGGCCCAGCAGACCCUGCAGGUGGACGUCUGGGACAGCGCCUCCCUGCUGCUGGUGGGGUCCUGCUGUGUCCCGCUAAAGCACAUGCUUCGCCAGGGUCGGUCGGCAGUGCAGGCCCUCCAUGAGCUGGAGGUCCUGGCGACGGAGUACGCCAGCGAGGAGACCCCCCUCCACCUCGGGGGAGAGGGGGGUCCGAACCGGGGCAGCGGGGGCCACCACCAGAGCCUGGUCAACAUCAACACGGUGCUCAGGGGUCGCCUGUACGUGCGCACGGGGAACAUCGGAUGUCUCGUGGAUCCUGAUUGGAGGAGGCCAGGCGAGGUACCGCCUCCUUGUUCCUAUGUCAUCACGCAGCGGGAAAGUGGUGCAGGCGGCUUCAAAGGAGGAAAACUCUCCACUGGAAACAUCCUCAGACUUAAUGAGAGGAACGCAUCACUGGCUCAGCAGGCGGCGACCGCGGCGGCGGCGGACAUUACGGGCGGCGGGCCAGAGGUGAUAACGGACGGCGUCGGCCCGCCCGCGCCGGGCGAGUCGGUGGAGGACCGCCGACGCAAGCUGAGCUGCUUGGCCGCCGUGCUGCAGCGGGAGGCCAGGGAGCACCCGGAGAGCCAGGUCAAAACGGCCAGGGUCAUGAGCCGGAGGGAGGAGCGUGUGCAGCUGGCCCGGGACCUGGAUCAGAUCCGUGCCCUGCAGGACCGCAGCAAGGCGGAGGCCAUCUCCAGCAUGCUGAGCCAGGCCAUCACCACCCGCCACGCCCUCUACGCCAGCCUGGGCACCGCCGAGUACCUGGAGUUCAUCCUGAGGAACCCCUUCAGCGCCCCGCACACCGUCAGCAUCCACAGCGCCGACCCUGACCUCAGUGUGAUCUCCAGCGUGGAAGAGUGGAGCCACUUCAGGGCCCUGACGCGGAGCCCCACCCCUGUGGAGGAGAACCUGUUCCAGGUGGAGGAGGGCUCUCCACACCCCCGGGUCUACCUGCGGCCCCGCGAGAGUGUCCACAUCCCCCUAAAGUACCAGAGCUUUGUCUGUGACCACAGCCCCCCACUGCAGGGCCCGGGGUUCCCUUCCUCGGGUCGACAGGAAGACGUGGCCCGGAAGCACACGUCCAACAUCGUGCGCGCCAAGUCCAUCAAGGUGACGUUCCGGGCGGAGGACGGCCAGCCCCUGGCGGUGCUGCAGGUGGAUGUGGAGCCCACGCCCCACCUGGUGGCCCACACCUUCCGUCUCUACCACCCCCAGCUCUGCCUCCUGAAGAAGGCCCUGCGCAUCCCCCCCGGGCUGGCCUCUGCCCCCGGCAGCGCAGAUGGCGCUGAAGAGGAGAUACUGGUACGUUGCAGUGACCCCGGCGUCGUCUGCCAGACCAAGAUGCUGGCGCCAGGGGAGCCCCAGGACGUGUAUAUGAAGGUACCCGGGAACCCCAGCCCUGACGUGAAGAUGUUCUACAUAAUGCUGUUCACGGACCGCUGGCUGGCGCGUCCGGCCUCCAUCUGGAGGGUGUACGUGCACUUCCUGGAGCGGGUGGAGCUGAGCUGCGUGGCGGGCCAGCGGACCGUGCAGUCCCUGGUGCUCAGAGGGUCCCGGGCCCCCCGCAAGGUCCGCUGCUACUGCUCCCACCCCCGGCAGCUGGAGGUGGACCCGGCGGGGCUGUUUGUGCUGCCCCCUGCAGGCGCGGUGCAGGAGCUGCAGGUGCGGGUGCAGCCCUGGCGCUCCGGCUCCCGCCUGGCGUUCGUCAGCGCGGUGGACGUGGAGCGCUGUCAGCUCCUCGCCGCCUGGAUGGUCUGCCUCAACGCCCACCGGCCCGUCCUGUCCAAGGCGUUUGAGCUCUCCGUACCGGUGGCUGGGGGGCGGGGCAGCACCCGUAGGAUCACCUACACCAACCCGUACCCGGACACCCGCACCUUCCUGCUGCACUCGGACCGGCCGGACCUGCUGCAGUUCAAGGAGGACCGCUUCCAGGUGGGGGGUGGAGAGGUGUACACCGUCGGGCUGCGCUUCGCCCCGAGCCAGAGCGGCGGCAGCACGGAGGUCUCCAUCUACAUCAACAACCUGGACGAGAAGACGGAGGAGGCCUUCUGCCUGAAGGUCAACUACUCCUGACCUCCGACCCCUGACCCCGGCAGGCUCCCAGGUCAGCCUCCAAAGGUCGCACGGUCCACCUGACGGAGGCCUUCCAUGCUGGAUUGUUUUCAAGACAAUUUUGUGUGUGGAGUUGUUGCUUUUCAUGUUUAGGAUUGUUAGGUCAAUGCAGGACAACACAAAAUGUAAUUUCAGUGUUUGUUUUCCAACCAGAAUCGCGUGAAUCAGAACUAGAGUGGCGGAUAUCUCUGUUCUUUUGAUGGGAUUGGAUUCCUGCACCGCUGUCUGAGCUGAGCUCGCAGUCCAAUCAUACAACUGAUCCAAACGCCGUGUUUAAUGUCCUUUUUAAGAAAACAAAACAAACACCAGCGUUGGUUUUUCGAUGCGACCAAAAGAAAACAGUGCUCACUUCACUCCGUUUCCCCCGUUUCCUCAAAUUGAGUUCAGAACGGUACAGGUACCGGAUAUUUUCAAACCAAAAGAGACUCUCUACAGACGGCCACGGAACGUCACUAUCAGCCGGCACACAGCUUGUCUGCUGCCCGUUCUUCCGUAUCGGUGACGCCUGAACGGGCAUGCAUUCUCUCGCACAGGAUGCAAAAAUGAUUACCUUCGUGCGAGUGAUGAAUAAACACAGUUAACUUUUUGAAUAUAUGGUUUCAUAUGCCACAUCGCAUCCGUUGUUUGUUUUUUCUCACAAAUGAAAUAUUUCCAGCGUCAUGGCGACAAGGGGGGGACUCUCUUUUCUUUCCGAACUCAACCGGUGGAAUGCAUUUAGGGACUCUGAACACACCGAAACCGCCACGGAAAACGACCAAAUCGACUUAUUGUGCAUCAUUUUGACAGUGGGUUUGUGUGCGUCCCGACUGGGAUCUUUGUACGAGGCGCCCGACAGUUGGGGGGGGGGGGGGUCCAAGCAACAAAAUUGUAACGAGCGCUAACACACCGUAACAACUCCCUGACGCUACUCAACGCUAACGUUUUGAAUCAGCAGCCAGACAAGUGUUUCUUCCCACCUGCCGUUUGCCAAACCGCUGACCUCGGCCCUCACUGGCGACGUUGGCUACGGCGCCGUAAUGACAGUUCUUGUUCCCUCCUUUAUGUUCUGUCUCUGCCGGUGUACCGUCACGUCUCCUUUUCAGAUCGUCCUCGUUAACAGGCCCCCUUUCAGGACCUCCGCCUGCUCCUUCCUGCACUCAUCUCCCAAUCAGACACACAGAUAGAGAGCGAGAGAGAGAGUGGGAGAGAGACGAAGGCCAAGGCACACUCUGACGGUCGCCACAAUCACAGUCUUAUGUAACAUAAGAGUCACACAACUCCCACGCCGUCCACCUCCGCCACCACACCUCAGUCUCUGUCUCUGUAUAUCCUUCUCUAUCUUCUUACUCCUCUCUCUCUCGCUCUCUCUCUCACUCUUUUCAUGUCUUGUCAGUCCGUUUUUUCUCUUUUCCCUCUUUCUUUGCUCUGAUGUCUCUCUCUCACACACACACACACACACACACACACACACACACACACACACACACACACACACACACACACACACACAGCCUGCGUUUGCACCCAGGCCAAAAACACAGAAGUUCGGUAUAUAUAUUCAAUAGACGCUAUGAAAUUAGUUUAUUAUUUUUUAUAUUGACAUUUUAACCAACAUCAACAACACCCCAGUCCAAAGUCGAGUGGAGUUUAAUGCAUUAAUUUAAGAUUUUUUUAUAUAAUACAUUUGUAUAUAAUAUGAUAGAGGAAGCAUUGAUAGACAUGAAAAGUUCCAUCCCAGUGUGUGUUGCGAUUCCUUUGAGCUCUCUCUCUCUCUCUCUCUCUCUCUCUCUCUCUCUCUCUCUCUCUCUCUCUCUCUCUCUCUCUCUCUCUCUUCCCCCCCCCCCCCCCCCCCCACAAUGUCCCGUGUGUGGCUAGUGUAUCUGUGUGUGUUCCCAUGAGUAUGCGAAUGCACAUGUGUUUGUGUUCAUGUGUGUGUGGGCCAUCACACCCUCACCUUUUAACCUGCGUCUGCCCACAUUUCCAUGCUCCACAACACACGCACACACCCCAUCAGUUUGGAUGGAGCCCUGCCUGGCUCUGUGACAGCUGCAGCCGUCUCCUUAGCCGGUGGGCGGAGCCUAGGCUGACACCUUGUAAGCCGAGCCAACCUGGUUCACUGAUUCCCCCUGACGGCGCCUAGUGUGGUGCGGCUGCCGUACGCUAACCUUGUUAGCGAACGAGGGCUAAAGGAGCUAACUCAAGCGUGUGGUGGGCUGAAAACAGAGAGGCAACCUCCAUAUCUUCCUGUUGUUACGGUUGUUAUUCGCCCAGAACCCUGGAAUAGUUCCAUACGUUGAGCUUGUCAUGCUAAUUGUCUGAGCUUUCAUAACAGUUUUAUCCGUGAGUGUAUGCUCACUAGUGUGCAGAAAGAGAUUCAAUAUCAUAUGCAUAUAAUAUUCAACUCCUGGCUAGAACACCAGACAUUCCCAUCAGAUUGUGUUAACCUAGCAUAUCAACAUUUAGAGGAUAUUUCCUGAACUGUUUGUGCGAGAGGUCAGCAUCAUGCGGCGGUUAAAUUAUAUCUUUUGAGGUUCAAAAGGUAUAAUUUGAGAUUAAUUUAGAAUGCCACAGCCACCGGUGGCUGCCUCAGCUAUGAUUGAGUGAAAUGCUCUGUGAGAAUAUCUGUCCUGGUUGACUGCCCUUGCUUUAUGAGAGGGCAUCUCUUCCCUGAUUGGUUAGGGGGAUCAGUCUUGCCUGUCAAUCACAGGCGUGUGUUUGCAACCCUUCUCGGGAGAUAUGUAUUGAGGGGGAGGGAGGGACUUUCAUGUGGGUUGCGUAAUUGCAAAGUCUUGCUCUUUUGGGCUCUUUUCUGCUCGGUUCCCCUUCCAAGUUUCGAAUCUUUCCGACGGCACCUUUAAGGUACUGUGUGUGUGGCUGACUCAUAGUAGAUCCAAAUUGGAGAGGGGGGAGAAAUCACAUCGCUCCGCAGAGAGAUGGAGGCAGUGGGGGUAGGGGGUAAGUGAUUCUGUUGUGGUGGACCACAGAGCAUUGAUAGCCGCAGCUUGGCAGCGCUUCGUAAACCGGGCCUCAUUUACCAUGUUGCGUGUCGAAAGCGAUGCCCGGCCGUGACUACACAGACAGGAUGUUAGCAAUGUGUUGGCUAAGUCUGAGAGGACAUCCGUCAGUCCCCCCCGCCCCCCUCUCCUCUACAAACCAUCUUGCAGUCCAUUCUCUGCUCCGACUUCUUGGGUUGCGUGUUUAACUUGAGGCUGUGUCUGUGUGUGUCUGUUUGCUUCGUCAAAACUUUUGGUCGAUCCUCUCUAACUUUUUUGUCAAUUCACCCUUUGUUGUUUGAUCGUUUUUAUUGUUUAGGCUUGACCAUCAAAUGUGACAGAUGUCAUAAAUAGAUUAUGUAUAGUUUAUGUAUGGUAUGGAAAUGACUGUGGACCAGAAAUUCAGGACUUUGAGUUAUAUUUUGUAUUUAUUUUGUAUUUUAUUGAUAUUGAAAGGCUUUAUGUAGUGUAUUUUUACAACUUUGCACCUAAAUAAAAUAUUUACAACACUAACAA